AUGGAUGGAAAAAUGGUGCCAAUUCAAUAUUUCACUUCUUCGAGUUUUGACGAUGAAAUCAGAAGAAGAAGAAGAAAAUAUGUGAGCGAAUCUUCUGAAUCAGAUGAGGAUGAAGAAGAUGUUGAGAAGAUAUUUUUCUUUGAUUGGAAGACAAUCGACAGUCCGGUUAGUUAACUUUUUUGGAGGGGAUUUCACAGUGUGUAAAUUUGUGCCCGGAGAAAUUCUGUGAACCUUAUAAUUUUUCUGGUAGAUCAGGGCGAAAAUGUUUUGAUAAAAAAUUCUGUGCCACGUGGCUUUUCUAGAUUUCAAAAACAUUUCCAUAAACAAAUUUGAAGUUUCCGAAUUUUUUUUUGGAAAAUGAGCUAUGACGUGGUAGAGUCAGAUUCUCAAGAAAAUCUGAAAACACUGAAUUUUUCCCAAUUUUUGCAGUUCGAUAUUCUUCCAAUGGAAAUGAAAACAAUAAUUUUCCAAUAUUUCGAUCCCGAAGAUAUAACUCGUUUCGGAAAAUGCUCCAAAUCCUGUCAAAAACUCUUCAAAGCCUUUCGCCCAAAAAUCAAAAGUGUCAAAUACCGAGGAAACGGGAUUAGCAGACUGGCAUCUUUUCGAAAUUGUAUGAUCGAAGUCGAAUUUCAUAAUUAUCCCGAAAGAAGAUAUAAAAUCGAGGUGGAAUCAUUGAAAUCGGUGAAUUGGGCGGAAAUCGAGAGAAGUUUUGCGAGAAAAAUGUCGAGGAGAGAUGAGAUGAUUGAGAGUGCGAGAAGAUAUUUGGAGACGAUGGGAACGACGAAAUUGUCGAAUCCGAGGGGAGCAAGAUCCAAUGUUUUGCUCACAAAGUAGGUUACUUGCAAAAAUGUGUUUGCGAAAUUCAAAAAUUCUUUCCAGAAUCGCAAAAGUUCCCCUCUCAACUGGUCCAAUUUUGCAAAAACUAUCAAAUCGACGAAAACCAAAAUGUCGUCGAACAAUUGCUAUUGAAAUACUCAAAAAUAUUAUUGAGCACAAUAAAUUAUCGAUUGAAUCGAUUUCGAUUGAAGCAAGUAUUAAUGUAAGUGCUCACAACUUCCUUCAAAUUCCACCAACAAAAUUCUGAUUUUAGGAAUCGAGAAACAUGAGAAACAUCGAUAUUUAUUCGGAAAAUUUGAAAAAAUUAAAACUGAAUGGAUAUUUCACAAAACAUCCACAACUCAAUAAAUUCCUCUCAAUCGAAGAUCUCGAAAUGGAAAAUCUCAAACUAGGCUCCGAACAUUUGCCAUUGAUAAAAUCAAACAAACUUGUGAUGCAUAGAACUGUUAUGGACAAAGAAUUGUAUGAAGAAUUUUUUGAAGAAAUGGAGAGAUGGAAAGAUUGCUGGGAAUUUGAGAGAAUUAGAGAUGAUUGGAGAUGA